UACACUCAAUCUAUCAUGUUUCCCAAGCUCUCCAUCUUGUGUCUGUACAUGAAGAUAUUUACAAGACGCCGCUAUCGCACUGCAGCCUACGCCACCGGUCUUAUCAUUCUGCUGACAGGCCUGACUAUGAUAAUAGCGGAUUUCACCAUGUGCCGACCAUUUGCCUACUUUUGGGACAAGACGAUACCCGGGGGUAAAUGCGUCAACCUUAUGGCUGCAUAUCGGUAUAUUGGAAUCCCAAACCUCAUCACCGAUGUUCUGCUACUCGUCCUACCUUUGCCUGCAAUUUAUAAGCUGCACGUGGGCCUUGGGGUCAAAAUCGGUCUGUUCGCCACAUUUAUUAGUGGUAGUCUCGGGCUUGUAACAUGCAUAAUACGCAUGGUCAACUUCUUUACAACCGAUCUUUUUGCAGAUCCCACCUACAAUUGCGUUGCAACGAUGACCUGGACAACAGUUGAGCCCGGUGUCUACCUAAUGGCCGCCUGUAUGCCAUCGCUUCGCCCUCUCAAGAGA